AAUUAUUGGUUAGUUUGACUUCGCUGUUUGAACAGAAUAUCUCUAUACUUUAAACGCAGGGUCAGCUGUUCUUCCCUCACAUCAGCGGUAACGCGCCCUGUCCUUCGCGACACAUUAAUUAUUCCCACAGUCUCCAGAUAUUAAUGCGUUUUUCGCGGCGGCCGCUGUUUUAAUGCGUUUUCCGAGUUUCUAACAAAUAAUUCACUCUGUCUCGGGCGCGUGAUGCACGGCAAAUUGAAAGGUGGCGCGAAAGAGCACUUGAGCCGGCGCGCGCGAUCAGGUGCACACACACACACACCUCCAACAAAAGCUACGCACUCAGCUCUGUCUGCCUCGGAUUGAAUAAUUUUAGAUGCACGGAAGGAACAGGCGCAUAAUCUCCUCAACGCGACUGUACGUUCAGCUUCUUUUCCAAGGGAGACACGCAGUGGACUGCCAUGAGCUGUCGUGUCCAGUGACCCGCUGGCGAUGGGAUCUGACCGGCAUACUGAUACGCUCAGCCAGCAGCGUCAGCACUCGGGAGCGCGACAGACGCAAGAACACCUCGCGCGCCACUUUGGUUUUCGUUAGAGUUGCUCAUUUCUUUGCGUUUGUAGUAUUUUAAUGUUGGUCUCAUCGUCGCGCAUGCGUUGCUGUGUAGUUGACGUCGCUGAAGCGCUUCUUCAGACUAAGUUUGGGCUACUGCUCGGUCGAUGAUGAGAGGGAUGGUGAUCGCUCGGGAUCACUGGCGCGCGGGGAUCUUGUGUCUCCUCGUGCUCGUGGCUUUGACGGUUGGCCGUAGCCCGCCGGCGAACAGUGUAAAUGAACCAAGCAACAUGUCAUACGUCAAAGUCACCGUGGAUAAACUACUCAAAGGCUACGACAUCCGUCUCAGGCCUGACUUUGGAGGUCCUCCGGUUGAUGUUGGUAUGAGUAUUGACAUCUCUAGUAUCGACAUGGUGUCGGAAGUGAACAUGGACUAUACCAUCACCAUGUAUUUCCAGCAGUCCUGGCGCGAUAAGCGUCUGUCCUACACAGGGAUCCCUCUAAAUCUUACUCUGGAUAACCGAGUGGCUGAUCAACUCUGGGUGCCUGAUACUUACUUCAUAAACGACAAGAAAUCUUUUGUUCAUGGGGUCACAGUGAAGAACCGCAUGAUCCGUCUGCAUCCUGAUGGGACUGUGUUGUACGGCCUCAGGAUAACUACCACAGCUGCAUGUAUGAUGGAUUUGCGCAGAUAUCCGCUGGAUGAGCAGAACUGCACACUGGAGAUUGAAAGUUAUGGCUACACUACAGAUGACAUUGAGUUCUACUGGCAGGGAGGAAGUUCAGUGACGGGGGUGGACAACAUUGAGCUGCCGCAAUUCUCUAUUAUUGAUUAUAAAACGCUGUCUAAGAAGGUUGUGUUUGCCACAGGGUCGUAUCCUCGUCUGUCUCUCAGUUUUAAACUAAAGAGGAACAUUGGGUAUUUCAUCCUACAGACCUACAUGCCUUCAACACUGAUCACCAUCCUGUCCUGGGUCUCCUUCUGGAUCAACUAUGAUGCUUCAGCUGCAAGAGUUGCUCUAGGAAUCACCACCGUUCUGACUAUGACUACAAUCAACACUCAUCUUAGGGAGACUUUACCCAAGAUCCCUUAUGUGAAGGCCAUAGACAUCUAUCUGAUGGGCUGUUUUGUCUUUGUGUUCCUGGCCUUGCUCGAGUAUGCGUUCGUCAACUACAUAUUCUUCGGCCGUGGUCCACAUUUACAGAAGAAAGUGGCAGAAAAAGCUGCAAAAAGCAACAAUGAGAAGAGUAACAAAGUUCAGGUUGAUGUCCAUGGAAACAUUCCCCUGACAAACCUUGAUCUGCGCCUUAGCGGGGCAGAGAUGUUAGGUGCUCUUGGGGACCCAAGGAACACCAUGUUCUCCUAUGACAGUGCCAGCAUCCAAUACCGUAAGCCCCUUACAGGUCGGGACCUCUAUGGCCGGCCCACUGCCUCUCUCGAGAGGCCAAUGGCACGAAAAAAGAGUCAUCUUAAGAGGCGAGCCGCUCAGCUGAAGGUGAAGAUUCCAGACCUGACAGACGUGAACGCCAUUGACAAGUGGUCACGUGUCAUCUUUCCAAUCACUUACACCUUCUUUAACUUAGUAUACUGGCUGUAUUAUGUCCACUAGGGAGCAGCACUGACUCGACCCAGUCAUUCACACAUCAGGUCAGGCUCUCCUACUCUCCUUGCGGUUUUGACUGUCAGUCAGAUAGGAGGAAGAGGUGCUUUCUGUAGGUAGCCCUUCUCUGUAAAUUAUUAAACCUUAAAAAAUAUAUAGUAUAAAUCUGUAUUAUACUUUUUAAAUAAGAGAAAAAAAAAUUAAGUUAAAAUGACUGCCAAACUUUUACUGCUUACUGUAGAUUGUCAUAAAUAUUAGUUUAAAAUUGUCACUGGAUUUUUGCACUUUGCUUCUGUAGGAUCCAUUUCACUGACUGCAGGGAGUGCAACUUUGCAAUGCGUAGAAAAUAGGCUUUUCUUAGCUGAUGACUGCAUUGCACAUCUACCGUAAGUCAAGCUUGAAUCUGUACAGAAACAAUAUUUGGAAGUUGUUUUCAUCCUUCAUCUUGCAUAUAUGAAGGUCUUAAAAGGAUUUUCUGGGUUUAUUACAAGCUUUUUUGACAUUUGUGGCAUAAAUUUCAUUACCACAGAAAUUACUUUUGACCUGUCCCUCAGUUUUUAUAAUAAAUAAUUGGAAUAAAUAAUUUAAAAAAAAAGCUCUUAAAGGGUUAGUGCACCCAAAAAUGAAAAUUCUGUCAUUAAUUACUCACCCUCAUGUCAUUCCAUAUCCGUAAGACCUUCGUUCAUCUUCAGAAAACAAAUGAAGAUAUUUUUAAUGAAAUCUGAGAGGUUUCUGUCCCUCCAUAGAGAUCCAACGCAACUACCACUUUCAAGGCCCGGAAAGGUAGGAAAGACAUCAUUAAAGUACUUCAUGUGACUCCAGUGGCUUAACCUUAAUUUUAUGAAGCAACGCAAGUGCUUUAAACAUAAUUUACCACUUGAUUUAUGAAAAUAUUUACUGUUUAAUAUUUGUAGUAACUCUAUGAUACCUGGUAACACAAAUUGGCGUAAUGUAACAGUUGAGCACUGCCUACAUGGGCCAAACUCCUCCUACAGGAAUUAAUGUGCAGUAUAAUUUACUGAAUAUAAGUCAACUAGAAAAGUAGUUAAUUCAAAAAAUUAUAUUUUAUAGUUGGUCGAUGGAGCUUAACUUGAAUUAAAACCUGGAACAUUUCUUUAAAACAAGACCUUCAUAGUAUAUAUUGUUUAAGUUUGUUGAUGAAAGCCUUGCCCCAGUUUAGACACAUCGCAUACUGUAGAUUAAACUGGUUCUUCUUAGUAAGACCUCAGCAACUUCACUACCAAGAAAUGGGCUCAUCAUUUGGGUUACAGUAUUUAUAGGGCUACACCUUAAAAAAUAUUGUCUGCAGCUCUUGUGUGUCUAUUUGUGGCCUAACACUUUCUGUUCUCUAUAAUCAAAUGUAGUCAAACUGCCAGAAAGGAUGUCCUUACAUCAAUAUGACAACACAUGAUGACAAGCAGGAGUUCAAAGUCCAGACAGUAUGUAAAUUUGUACAUUAAAACAUAUCAGGUAUUGGAAGAUCAAUGAUGUCAUCAUGUUUUUCUGUACUUUUUCUUAUAAACCAAUGAAUCCUGCAUAUUUCAUUCAAAGCACCAGUUGUAUUUUCCGGCCCAAUUUAUAUUAAAUGUCUUUAACUACUGUGUCCUAACAUUUAAAUUAAUCAUAUUUCAUACAAUGUACUUAGUGUGUACAUGCAUGUUUUUUACACUGAACUUAUAUUUUAAAAAAUACCUGCAUGUAAUUACAGCUGUAAUUAAUUUAAUCUAAUCUAAUUACAUCAAUAAUUACAUGGUCGACCUUCACUUACACCGUACCUGACCCAUAAACCUACACAUAUCCCACCAAACCUGUCCCUAACCUUACCCAUAUCCCACCAAAAUUGAAGCAAAAGUGUUUUGGGUAACACUUCAUUUUACCAUGUCCUUGUUACAUGUAGUUACUAUAGUACUUACAUGCAACUAACCCUCAACAUGAACACAGUAUAUAUAUACCGAUCAGGCAUAACAUUAUGAGCACUGACAGGUGAAGUGAAUAACACUGAUUAUCUCUUCAUCACGGCACCUGUUAGUGGGUGGGAUAUAUUAGGCAGCAAGUGAACAUUUUGUCCUCAAAGUUGAUGUGUUAGAAGCAGGAAAAAUGGUCAAGCGUAAGGAUUUGAGCGAGUUUGACAAGGGCCAAAUUGUGAUGGCUAGACGACUGGGUCAGAGCAUCUCCAAAACUGCAGCUCUUGUGGGUUGUUCCCGGUCUGCAGUGGUCAGUAUCUAUCAAAAGUGGUCCAAGGAAGGAACAGUGGUGAACCGGCGUCAGGGUCAUGGGUGGUCAAGGCUCAUUGAUGGACGUGAGGAGCGAAGGCUGGCCCGUGUGGUCCAAUCCAACAGACGAGCUACUGUAGCUCAAAUUGCUCAAGAAGUUAAUGCUGGUUCUGAUAGAAAGGUGUCAGAAUACACAGUGCAUCACAGUUUGUUGCGUAUGGGGCUGCAUAGCUGCAGACCAGUCAGGGUGCCCAUGCUGACCCCUGUCCACCGCCGAAAGAGACAACAGUGGAAACGUGAGCAUCAGAACUGGACCACGGAGCAAUGGAAGAAGGUGGCCUGGUCUGAUGAAUCACGUUUUCUUUUACAUCACGUGGAUGGCCGUGUGCGUGUGCGUCUCUUACCUGGGGAACACAUGGCACCAGGAUGCACUAUGGGAAGAAGGCAAGCCGGCGGAGGCAGUGUGAUGCUUUGGGCAAUGUUCUGCUGGGAAACCUUGGGUCCUGCCAUUCAUGUGGAUGUUACUUUGACACGUACCACCUACCUAAGCAUUGUUGCAGACCAUGUACACCCUUUCAUGGAAACAGUAUUCCCUGGUGGCUGUGGUCUCUUUCAGCAGGAUAAUGCGUCCUGCCACAAAGCAAAAAUGGUUCAGGAAUGAUUUGAGGAGCACAACAACGAGUUUGAGGUGUUGACUUGGCCUCCAAAUUCCCCAGAUCUCAAUCUAAUCGAGCAUCUGUGGGAUGUGCUGAACAAACAAGUCUGAUCCAUGGAGGCUCCACCUCGUAAUUUACAGGACUUAAAGGAUCUGCUGCUAACAUCUUGGUGCCAGAUACCACAGCACACCUUCAGGGGUCUAGUGGAGUCCAUGACUCGACGGGUCAGGGCUGUUUUGGCAGCAAAAGGGGGACCAACACAAUAUUAGGAAGGUGGUCAUAAUGUUAUGCCUGAUCGGUGUAUAUACAGAAGUUAAAGACACCUAAUAUAAAGAGUCAAUAAAAUCCAGGCUUGAUUCAUUAGCAAGAGGUUAAAAAUGAUAUAUAGCUUAAUUAUGUUAGUUCCUAUUGUUCAAUAUUUGACUCAGCACUCCUAACACUACUGCAGUGGAAAUGUAGCUAUGACUUUAGAGAUGGGCAUCGUUUUAGGGAUGUAGUUCUAAGUGUUUAUAUAGUAAGUGACUUAGGUGAUAGUAAGUAUUUACCUUACAAAUUUGUAUUUAGCUUUAAACAUAUUCACUGUGAGUUAUAUAUUAUCUAAGCUCACCAAAAUGGCAGAUAGGACUUAAUAACAAAUUAGAUUUUUCCUCUAUGGCUGAACUUGUGCCUUUUAAGAAAAAAAAAAAAACAUUUUACAGGGUUUAACAUACAGUAGCAGGGUAGAAAUAUUCUGAAUGGAUUUCCACUUUUCUAUAGAACAAAGAUUACUCAAGGGUACCAAACAUAAUCAAAAUGAAAGGUACUUUCAAGGGCUUUUCCAAUGCCCUGCAUUAAUAUUCUAUAUAAAUACAUAAAAUGCAUUUGGCAUGUAAAUAAACUGCUUGCACUGCAACACUGUUUUUGUUUCAGUGUCAAUAUGACUGGGACAUGAGCAGCUCUGUUAUUGUAUAGGAGUGAAUUAACUCCCUUAAAGAUUCUCAAUUAAAGAUUAUCAAAGAGAUCUCAAGAGUGGCAGUGUAAAAACACGCUCCAGCCAGAAUCAGCAUGAAUACACAAACACGUAAAGACACAUAUUUAACUUAGGGUUGUUCUCAUAUCACUCGUACAACAGCAGAUGCCAAAAAAGGAAAAAAAGUAUUUUUUAAACAGUAUCCUAUUAUCCAUGUAUGAUUUCUGUAAUUGCACUCAUGCUAUUGGCCGAUGCAAUCUUGUGCAGAUGCGGAGUGUGUUGAAGGAGAAUGUGUUGUCACAGAUUGAGACUGAGAAGAUGAUUGUAUUUGAGUGUAUGUAUGUAUUUAAGCCUAGGACUGCAACCACAGUUGUACUUUAUUUUAAAUCGUAGACAUUUUGAAUGAAUUCAAAUAAAAUAUCUCACUAAGCAUAA